ACACUAAACAGAACAAGCAAUUUGGUUACGAAAAUGGCAAUAACAAGACGUAAAUGAAAUAAUUAUUAAAACCGAAUAUUGUUUGACACAAAUUGAUUGCUAACAAUUGUAAUAAUUUCGCCCCCGGCUGAGCCAUCGGUUUCCUCUUCCCGCAUCCCACAAUGACACACCUGAUGCCAUGCCCAGGCCUAUCGAGCUCCAGAUGUUGAUGUUGACGUCAACAAUGUGAAAUUUGUAUGAGUGCGAAAGAGAAGGCAAUCGCAAAAUAAGAGUGUGAGAAAAAAGAAAAAGCAAAAAGAGAGAAAACGAAAACGUAAGAGUAAGAGUUAAGAAAAGUGUUAGAGCCAAAUCCAGCCAUGUAUUCCGAGUGGGCCUCAUUAUCGGCCCAAAUAACUGCCAACAGCUGCGGCGCCCAGUGCUUUAGUGUCCUGAACAAAUUCCCAGCCUCAGCUGGACGCGAAGUGGUUGUCUCUGUGGUAAAGCAAUUGAGCAGUAAUCUUGGCAUUACUCAGAAUGCCGAGCCCAGUCAUUUGGUCAAAGAUGAAGAGGUCAAAUGGUGCAUGGAUGUGAUUUGUUUCGGUCUCUCAUUGCCUCUGCAGGAAAACGAGACCAUUAAGGAGUGUGUGAAUGUCUAUUGCGAGUGGCUGACGGCACUGCUUCCAAAUCCCAAGAUUAAUGUACCAAAGCCAAUAUGCGAAGAUGCCAAUCUAUAUGCCCGCCAAAUAAUCAAUCAUUUCCACAAUCUCUUUGUGCCGCGCCAGGGUGAAAGUGCGGAUACUAUAAAGCGUCAGGCUCUAUUAUGUCAUCGAGUGUUGCGCAAACUCCAAUUGAUAGCACAGGAUUCAACGAAAAUGGAUCGACAAACGUGGGAUACGUUGCUCCUCUUUCUGUUGGCCAUCAAUGAAAUUUUGCUCGCUCCACCCACAGUCAAGGAUGAUGUGGGCGAUCAGCUGUGCGAACGUGUCCUAUCUGUACUAUUUGAGGUCUGGCUAUUGGCUUGUGUGCGUAGUUUUCCCUCGCCUUCAAUGUGGAAAACAUUACAAGAGUCCUGCACCAUGUGGCGUCAUCGUGUGGCUUUAGUCGAUCAAUGGAAUCGUGUGAAUUUAGCCCUGACAGCACGUCUGCUCGAAUUUAGCUAUGGUCCAGCAUUCCCCCCACUAAAAAAUGCUGAUGAAGAUGGACAACUGAUACCGGCUGGCAUGUCCAAUGAUUGUGUGGCCCAGACUUGGUAUCGUUUUCUUCGCAUGAUUGGCAAUCCAACGGCCUUGUGUUCGCCACAUGUAAUUAGCAAAUCUCCGCAGUUUGUCCAAUGGGCUUUGACCCAUGACAAGGGCGCGGAGACUCAUCAACAUCCCUGUCUACAGAUGUUGCCGAAAAUCUUUCUUAAUGCCAUGAAGGGCAUUUCCAGCCAAGUAGAUGCAUUUCUGGGCAUUUAUAGGCCGCCUCCGCAUCAGCAGGAGAACAUUGUGACAAAUCUGUUGGAAAUAAGGCACUCACUAAACGAGGCCACAUCCACUACACUGCAGCAAUUCAUACACUCCACCAGCGUCUCGAAUAUAGCGCAGCAACAGCAGCAGCAGCAGCAACAACAACAACAACAACAAUUAUCUCAUCAUUCGCAUCCACAUACGCAUCAUUAUCCUCAUUUGCAUUUACAUGGCGCUGGCAGCUUUCUGCGCGACAACUUUAUGAGCAAUUCGGCUAGUUCGGCUCUUAAUGCAAUAAUGGGUCAUCACCAUCAUCAUCAGCAACAGCAGCAGCAGCAGCUACAACCAACUUCUUCACCCACCACUCUUGGCACCAACAACAAUAUCAACAGCAACAACAACAUCAGCCAUCACAAUUUAGGACAAUCUUCAGCAUCAUCAUCAGCUGUGGGCAACACCAGUGCUGGUGGCAGUCAUUCGGCUGGAGUAGUCGGCAGUAUAUCAUUCACAACAACCGAUGGCAUUCCUGUCUCAACUCUGGGCACGGGUCAGGCCACACCCACACCGCCUUUGCAGCGAAGAUUGGCAAAAAGUUUCAGUGUGGCCCCAACUCUAACACAGCAGAAGGGCUUGAGUAAAACUGCGCUUAUCGGUAGCCUAACAGGCGGCUCUGUGGUAUCUGGUCCCGGCUUUGGCUCUGGCUCUGGUUCCGGUCCCACACCUGCUCCGGCACCGACAACACCAACAUCAACGUCGGGUCCGCCCUCGACUAGCAGCAGCAUCAAUUCUCUGCCCCUGCCAUCAUUGGGAGCUGCUAGUGUGGAGCUAGCAGCGGCUAGACCGAAAUGCAAUAGCAUUCUUCAUGUAUUCCACGAGUGGCUGUUCGAGGCAGCACACAUAGGCGGCGACACUUGGCGCCAGAAUCGAAAGAAGCAAGCAUGCGAGGCCAGUAAACGACCUUCAUCCAUGAUUAUGGAGCAUCGAAAGGGUUCGAUUUCACUUUCCCAGCCAAACUCAUUGAACGAUCCCGCUUCACUGCCACCCGCAUUGACCAUUGAUAAAUAUGAAUCCGGACGUGCCGAAGCCAUUGGAACAUUGUGCAAAAUAUUUUGUGCCAAAAAGACGGGCGAAGAAAUUCUACCCGUCUAUUUGGCACGUUUCUACAUGGCUCUACAGCAAUGCCUAAAGAUAACCGAAGCGAAAGAGUGUGACGAAACAUUGGCCAGCAUUUUAUUGCAUUCCAGCGAUUUAUUCCGUUUGGAUUUGGAUGGCAUUAAUGUGUUAUUGCCCGGUUUCAUAGCUGCCCUCGAGAUUGUGUUGCCUGACAAGGAUCUAAAAUUGAAAUCUCAACAAUCAUCGGCAGUUGUCUUCAAUCGCACUGAACUACGACGUUCGGCCAUAAACAUUCUGUUAUCCAUUAUGGUAUUACCACUGCACUAUCAGGCAUUGCCCAUUAGGGAUUUGGCCAAUGGCGAGACUAGCGAAAAAAUGUUCACAUUCAUACAGCUUAAAUCGCGGCUAAUGAACAUAUUGAUGAAUGCCCUUCAGGUGGAAACUGAUGCUCAGAAUACCCACAUGUUAUUGGGUGGCCUCUUGCUCUGUGUUCAGGAUGCGGUAACCUUUGAGGAAACCGAAUUGGGUGGUGCAUCAGAGCAUUUGGCCAACUCAGGUGGCGGUGGCGGUGGCGGCGGGGGUAUUCAAAAUCAUGAUACCAACUUGCUAAGCUCGGCUUGCUCGGAGCGUUCCGCUUCGUUGAUCAGCGCUGGCACGGCCAGUUUAGGUGGCCAAACAACGGCCACUGUGGGAGCCGGUUCGAGUUCGCUUAAUGCCUCAGCCCAUGAUUAUCCAAGUUUAACCAUAUCCGAUGAUAUGUCAUUGGAAUUUGCCCAGGAUCUUGAAGGUUUGGCCAGUUAUGAUAAUGCACAUGCAUUGUUUGUUCGUGCCACAUAUUUGGUAUGCCAUCGUCUAAUAUCGUCUUGGAAGACCGAUUUGAAUGUCUCAUUGGCGGCUUUGGAGCUAUUAUCGGGUUUGGCUCGUCUACAUAUAAGGGAAACAGACACCUUAGUGAAAAUAUACGAAGCUAGUCAGAAUCUAACGAUAAUCUCCUCAGACGCUCUAGAGUGUAAGCGGGCCGUAAAAUGGAUCUGUGACUAUAUUUGCUAUCAAUGUUCGAGGCCACCGCCGGCGCAUAGUAAGGAUUUGCAUAGCACCAUUGUUGCUGCCUUUCAGUGUACCGCUUCCUGGUUGAUGCAACAUCCGUAUCUGCUCCAUGACAAGGAUUGCCUUCAAACUGUACUCGAGGUCGUCGAAUUGGGCAUAUCCGGGACAAAGAGUCAAAGUAAGAGUGGAGAUAUACCCAAAUUUAAGGAUGAAAAGGAAUUGAAACCUGCCUCAAUGCGUGUCAGAGAUGCUGCCGAGAAUCUGUUGACAAUUAUAUUGGAGCAAGUUGGUUAUUUUCCCAGUGAAUGUGGACCAGAGUCGAUUUCAUCCCUUUUGGAUGAAGUGGCAUUGAUGAAACAUUGCAAUUCCAUGUCACCGGCAGCGGCAACUAGCACCGAGCAGGCCAUUGCCAAGUUUAAGUAUUUUGUUACCGAAAACUCUACCAUCUUGGCCCUGCUGGAGGAGCCGUUGGGCAACGAUCAGGAUCCGCAGCCAACAGUGACAUUGCUCAUUCGUGGUCCAUUUGGGCGACAUGCUUGGACCAUGCAAUUGCGCCAUCUGCCACGCAGUAAAUCGGGCAUUAAAUAUCAUGCCAUUAAUCCAGGACGACCAAUACCCAUGAAUGAUAUUAGCCAGCGUCCAGAGUGUGAGCAAAAGAAUUUUCCAGAUGGUGUGGAUAAGGUUCAACCAUGUGUGGCCGACUAUUCGAUACCAACGAUUGAACAGAUGCGCGAGCGAUACGGAACGGCCACUAUACGCGAAUUGGAGGCCAUGUUGGAGAAUCAAAGCAUCCAUGAGAAGCUGGCGUGGGCGGAGGCCGAUAAUAGUGCUGAUAGUUUAUCCCAUUCACAGGAAUGUGUUCCACCGGCCGUGUGCCACGAGUUCCAUGCAGCUCGUCUAUUCCUCUCGCACUUUGGUUUCCUCAGUUUUGAGACUCGAAAUCCCCACAAUCCAGCCGAAUCAUUGGGUACUCCGCCGCAACGUCCAUUAAUAGUCCUAGACACAAAAUCAUCGGCGUUUGCAUCCGAUUUGGAUAGGUUGGAUAAGUUGAGUGCUCGCACCCAUGAUACCGUCUAUGUGUUCUAUGUCAAGUCGGGUCAAACAAAUGCUCAGCAAAUCAUUGGCAAUAUGUCGGAGGAUCAGAGCCAUACCCAUAAUUCUCACUUUGGCCAUAUGCUUCAGACAUUGGGAUGGCCGGUUCAAGUGGCCGAACAUUCAGGCUGGACAGGAUUUGCUCAUAACUCUUGGUCGCUAAAAGGCUCCGCUCAUGAUGGCGGCGAACAAGCGCAACAAUCUUCGAAUCUUCCAAACUCAUUCGAAUCACUUAACUUCAAUGGAUCACAGCGCGUGCUCUAUUGGGCCGAUGUUUCCUCUGAAAUUGCUUUUGUAGUGCCCACUGUCUGGAAUCUAAGAUAUUAUAGCGAUACCUCCGAUGGGGAGAGCAUAUCAAGCACUGAUCAAAUCGUUUGGUCUCGUCACGAUACGGCCAAUGCGAACGAUCUUACAGGUCCAGCUGGAGCAAAGUCAAAGUCACGUAAUCUCAGUCUGGAGCUGGACACAGCGGGAGCCAGUAAUAACAAUAACAACAGGGGCCCCAAAGAACCGGUGGCGCCCACAAGACGCAAGGGUAAUGUGAUCAAACCCGCUCUUCUUGCACAGGCGCCAGCAAAGAUCUUUCUGGUUUGGCUGGAAAGCUAUGAGGAUCAUUUGAAUUUCCCAUUGGAAGAUCUGCUGGCGUACACACGCACCGGCGAAGAGUUGCAAUCCCUGCAAUUGCCACGUGCCUCCGAUUGUCAUGUGAUAUUUGUCCACUCGCUUCUGUCGGGCCUGUUGCGUGUAAAACUCCAGGGUCCCAGUGGUCGCAUGAGCUUUGCCACACCUCUGGUUGAUGGCAUGGUGCUGAGUCGACGCGUAGUCGGUAAUCUAGUGCGUCAGACAGCUCUCAACAUAUCACGGCGCCGGCGAUUGGACAACGAUAACUAUCAACCACCUCAUGUCCGUCGACGGCUCAAGGUGCAGGACAUUGUCCAGAAAUACAAAAUGGAUCUGAGUGAGGCCGAACUGCUGGCACAUCUCUUCCAGCGUGCAAUCUAGCAAUAUUAGAAUGAUUAAAACAAAGUAUUAAAACUAACCCACACACACACACACACACACACACCCCCAAGAUGAAUUUGUCUUAUGGUCUGUGUCUGUGUGCCAGAGGCCCGACCAGAUCAAAAUCAAUUCAUAAUGGCGGAAGAUUAGGAAUCUUUGGCAUUUUAUUAACAUUU